UCCUCGCCAGCCAUUCCAGCUUGGACAGAGUGGCCGUGUUCCUUCAGCAGCUACAGAGACACGUUUUAAACACGCUACAGGUUUUGAGUGUAGUGGCGUUGCGUUUCUUCCCUAAACCCAACCAAGAAACUCUGAGUUCGCAUUAAAUAUGCCUAAUUUUGCUUGUUGUCAAACGCCUCAGGUUAUAAUGUAUGACCAACAGAGAAGAAGUACAUUUCUAUAGCCAACGGGAUCCCGAGGACUUGAUUAUAGUCGCUUCAAGCCUGAUAGUUUGUCCGUGCGACUGCUCCCCUUCUCCCUUCGACGCACGUCUGUAGUCGGCUGGCAUCUCUUCUGACAACUUCCCAUCCCUCUCCUCGGGUAAAGAAGACUGAGCUCUGCUGUGAUCUUAGUCUGCUUUGCCUGUUCCUGUUCUACAAUCAGCAGUGGUGUUUCCCUGGAUUUGGAUUAUUGUCUGUUAGGAAUAUUAUCAAAAUUCACCAAAAUGACUCCAAACGGGUGUUUGAUCUUUGACGAUGAGACUUUCCUGGAUUCCACCGUGGCCAAAAUGAAUGCUUUGAGGAAGAGCGGCCAGUUCUGUGACGUUAGGCUGCAGGUCUGUGGUCAUGAGCUGAUGGCUCAUCGCGCUGUCCUGGCAUGCUGCAGUCCAUACUUGUUUGAGAUCUUUAACAGCGAUAUCGAGACUCAUGGAGUCUCACACAUCACGUUUGAGGACUUGAACCCAGAAGCUGUGGAGGUCUUGCUCAACUAUGCGUACACUGCCCAAUUAAAGGCAGAGAAAGAGCUGGUCAAGGACGUGUACUCUGCAGCCAAAAGGUUCAAGAUGGAGCGAGUCAAACAGAUUUGUGGUGACUACCUGCUGUCUAAAGUGGAUUCCCAGAACGCAAUCUCUUUCCGAAACUUUGCCAACUCCAUGGGAGACGGCAGACUUUUGGCCAAGGUGGAUGCUUACAUCCAGGACCAUCUGAUGGAAGUAUCUGAACAGGAAGACUUUCUCAAACUACCCAGAUUAAAGUUAGAAGUGAUGCUAGAGGACAACCUGACCCUGCCCAGCAAUGGCAAGCUCUACUCAAAGGUACUCAACUGGGUGCAGCGUAGUAUUUGGGAGAACGGAGACCAACUGGAACGACUGAUGGAAGAGGUGCAAACGCUCUACUACUCUCCUGACCAUAAGCUGGUGGAUGGAGGGCUGAUGAUUGAUGGGCACAAUGAAGUGUUUGGUGGCGAGGACGACCACCUUCAGUUUGUGCAGAAGAAACCUGUGCGUGAGAAUGCCCAGAGACAGCUGAGCUGCAGCUCUUCAGGAAGCCUUUCACCCUUCAACCAAGCAGCCAAUGUCCAAAAACAGACCACCAGGAGAGACUGGAAGUACAUCGCCUCUGAGAAGACCACAAACAGCAACUAUCUUUGUCUGGCUGUGCUGGAUGGAGUGCUGUGUGUGAUCUUCCUGCAUGGCCGCAACAGCCCUCAGACAUCUCCGACUGCCACGCCCUGCCUGAUGAAGAGCCUCAGUUUCGAGGCCCAGCCCCAGGAGCUGGAGGAGCACCCACUCUCACCCAUGCAUUACGCUCGCUCCGGUCUGGGGACUGCAGCCCUGAAUGGCAGACUCAUCGCAGCAGGAGGCUACAACAGAGAAGAGUGUCUGAGGACUGUGGAGUGCUACGAUCCCAAUGAGGACUGUUGGACUUUCGUUGCACCAAUGCGGACUCCGAGGGCUCGAUUCCAGAUGGCUGUGCUGAUGGGUCAGCUGUAUGUGAUCGGAGGUUCCAACGGACAUUCUGAUGAGCUGAGCUGUGGGGAGAUGUACGAUCCACAUACUGAUGAGUGGGUUCAAGUGCCAGAGCUGAGGACAAACCGCUGCAAUGCAGGUGUCUGCUCCUUGAACAACAAGCUUUAUGUUGUUGGAGGGUCGGACCCCUGCGGGCAGAAGGGCCUGAAGAACUGUGACGUUUUUGACCCUGUGACAAAAACCUGGUUUAACUGUGCCUCCCUUAACAUCAGGAGGCACCAGGCUGCAGUGUGUGAGUUGGAUGGCUUCAUGUACGUGAUUGGAGGAGCAGAAUCGUGGAAUUGCCUGAACACCGUAGAGCGCUACAACCCUGAGAACAACACCUGGACUCUAGUAGCCCCCAUGAACGUGGCCCGCAGGGGCGCUGCUGUUGCUGUGCAUGCAGGCAAGCUGUUUGUCGUGGGUGGCUUUGAUGGCUCCCACGCUCUCCGCUGCGUUGAGGUGUACGAUCCCGCCCGCAACGACUGGAGGAUGCUUGGCAGCAUGAUAUCAUCCCGCAGCAACGCCGGCGUGGCCAUGCUGGACAAAACCGUCUACGUCGUGGGUGGCUUUGACGGAAACGAGUUCCUCAGCACGGUGGAGGUGUACAACCCAGAAACGGAUGAGUGGAACGACUGCACCAAAGCCCCAUCUCCCCUCUCUGAGUGAAGAGAGGGGAGAUGGGGGGAGGAGGAAGAAUGGGGGAGCAGGGUUUUGGAGUUUCACAGUGCUUCACUCAUUUCCAAACUAACAGGCUUAGUGACGUAAUCGUGUUUCAUGAUGUUUUUGUGUAUGAACGGGUAUAUGUGGGUGGGGAUGUUGAGGUGAGGAGUCUUCAGUGAAGACUGGCUUAAUCUUGGCAGGUUGGGGAGGGGGGUGGGAUUAUUGCUGCUCAAAGCAACAUGACGCCUUUGCAUAUUGCAUAGAUUUUGGUUUUGUCCUGUAUAUAUUUUUUUCUUCCUCAGAUUUUUUUGUCAUAUGCCAACAUUUACUACACACUUAGUGCUUUUCUUUUCAUUUAAAGUUUAGAAGCUAGUCGCAUGGAAGGUUUUCAGAAUACUUUUUACUAUUUGACCACCUAAAAAGGUGCCAGUUUGAAGUGGUAAUAAUUUGGCCUCAGAAAAGGUAGUUUAUUUAAAAAAUUUCUAGUGUGGAAAUGUUUUUUUUUUUCUGAAAUAUUUAAACGUCAGUGGUUUGAAGCCUUACUCAGUGUGAGUUGCUAAACACCCAUCAUAGCUUUCUGUCAUUUUAAACAAGCCAGCUUGCUUUUUGACUCUUGAAAUGAUGGCCUUUUUUAUAUUUUUAUACACUGGUGAUUUACCAGUAACAUAGACGUUGUAGCAGAGAGCUUAAGUGAAUCUAACCAGUGCCAGAUUUAGUUGACCUUUUUGGUGCACAUGCCAAGAACGCACAACCAUGCUUCUGCUAACACUUUUUUGGUGAUUUUAACUAGUUAAUGUUUGUAGAGCAGCAGUUCACUGAGAAUCCUUCUUUUGUGUUUUAAAGUGUCAGGCAUUGGCAGAUUUGUUUCUGGAAGGAAUGUUGGUGCAAGCAGUUUCACAUUUGUAACAUUUCUUAAUUAAUAAAUCAUAUAAAUCAGA